ACUCGUUUUGUUGCGACGGACAGACGCGGACACAUUAGGUUUAAACCAUUUGAUGUAGUUGAAACAUCAACAAAUAACAAUAUCACUAAGUGAAUCAGCGACGAUCGUUAAUAAUUGCCACUCAGGCGUACAGUGCUAAAAAAACAAUUCAAUUCCUGGUGCGUUAUAUUGUAUGAAAAAAGAAAAUAUAUAAUACAACGUAGCACCACGAGCACUCAUCGAUUUUUAGCCGAAAAUUUCAAGCUAAAAUAAAAGAAAAGUUGAAAAAUUUCAACAACAACGAAGAGUUCAAUUUUAGUGUGUACAAGUUUUAAGAGUAAAUCAGGAAAACUGCCGCGACCGCUACAACAGAGACGCUGCGAUGGCAACUUCAUCCGUAAUCGCCAAUAACACCAACAACACAAUUAACGCGGGCGCAGCUGCCUCUGCUGUUGCCAGCGCCGUUGUAGUCACAUCGACGUUAAGCACUCGAAAGCGCACCUACGAGACAGCCAUUACCAUGCCUGCCAUUGACGCCAAAGAACUGACGACAACUCAGCGCACAACCACAGGCACGCCUCCAGCCAAGGCGAGUAGUCCCUGCCCGGGUAAGCCGAUAAUUGUGGACAUGGCUGGGCCACACGCAGCGACCACACUGCGCGACGUCACGCGCACAAUCUCACAGAGCGAGGCGGAUGACGGCGCCGAAGCGACCUCACCUGAUGACGCUUUGCCCGCCAGCUCCUCAACUGCGGUGUCGGAGGAGUAUCUCAAUGGCAGCACUGGAGUUAAACGCAAAUAUGUUCCGCCCACAGCUUCACCGGUAUUGCCGCUGUUGUCCCCACCACCAAUGUUACUUUCCACGCCGACUCCACCGCCGUUAACGUCCUCAACAAUGGCCGCAUCCUCCUCCCACCAAUCUUUCAACAGCAGCGGAUUUGCUGAUCUAGCGACAAUUUGCAAGCCAGCGCCCUUCUCCUGCGAUGAGGUGGCUAUAUUGGAACGUGAACGUUGCGACUAUACUCAGCGGAUUACCUAUCAAAUGGCCCGCUCCGGUCAGACGAGUCGUCGGGUGCGCGUGUAUGCGGAUGGCAUCUACGAUCUGUUCCAUCAGGGCCACGCCAGGCAGCUGAUGCAGGCCAAAAACAUCUUUCCCAAUGUCUAUUUGAUUGUGGGCGUAUGCAAUGAUGAGCUCACGCAUCGCAUGAAGGGACGCACUGUCAUGAAUGGCUUUGAACGCUAUGAGGGAGUGCGUCAUUGUCGCUACGUUGAUGAGAUUGUUCAGAGUGCCCCCUGGACGCUAUCGGAUGAGUUCAUAGCGGAAAAUAAAAUUGACUUUGUGGCACACGAUGACAUUCCCUAUGGACACGAUGGCCUAGAUGAUAUCUAUGGCCCGUUGAAGGCGCGUGGCAUGUUUGUCGCCACGGAACGUACCGAGGGCGUAUCCACUUCGGAUAUUGUGGCGCGUAUUGUUAAGGAUUAUGAUUUGUAUGUGCGUCGCAAUCUGGCUCGCGGCUAUUCCGCCAAGGAACUAAACGUUUCCUUUCUAUCUGAGAAGAAAUUCCGUUUGCAAAACAAAAUGGAUGAGCUGAAGUCGCGUGGCAAACGUGAAUUGACCAAAGUCAAGGGCGACAUUAUCACCAAAUGGGAAGAAAAAUCUCGUGAAUUCAUUGACACAUUUCUACUGCUUUUUGGACGAGAGCGUCUGAAUCAUUUAUGGAACGAGUCGAAGGGCAAGCUUAUACAGGCACUCAGUCCGCCCGGUAGCCCGUCCGGCUCUGUAAAUGGCGACGAUUUGGAUGGCGAGGGCAAUGAUUCAGAUGAGUAUUUGGAACUGCCCGCCGAGUACAGUGCAGGAAGUACAAAUUCACUGAAUGGAAAUAGCAAGAACCGUUCCUCACUGGCUAGGCCCAGUUAUCAGACCCGCUCGACGGUUGCCUCAUCGCCGGAUGACUUCGAUGAUGAUGAUGAUGAUGCUGUUUACGAUGCAGAGUUCGUAGAGCGGCGCAGCAAUUAAAUGAAUUAGUUAGUUGUAGUGUGAGUGUGUUGCAAGCAACCAUAUUUUACAGAUUUCAAAUUUGGCUAGUUUCGCUUUCUCUCUAUUGAAACUAUUGUAUAUUUAUUAAAUUGGCUUUUCGUGCGAUUAACUCGUGUGGCAUUUCUCUUUCCACACAACACAAACUGUCGCAAUAUGCUUUAGCUGUACUAAACUAAGUGGUAUUCUGUCGUCGUGUUAGCUUUAGUUGCACCUGCACUUGUCUACCCUUAAGACUAUCCUGUAGCCAAUUUUUAGCCAAAAGA